AUGUCUAUGUGUAGACAGAAGCAAACCCAGCUCACUUGUUUCCUGGGACAGUUGAGUUAUGGGGAUGGCUUUGCAGAGCACUCACCGCUGACCCCUCACCGCCGGGACCUCUGUAGCCGCUCUAUCUGGCUAGCAAGGAAGAUUCGUUCAGACCUGACUGCUCUUUUGGAAUCUUAUAUGAAGCAUCAGGGCCUGAACGAGAACAUAAACCUGGACUCUGUGGAUGGCGUGCCAAUGGCAAGCACUGAUCGGUGGAGUGAGCUGACUGAGGCAGAGCGACUCCAAGAGAACCUCCAAGCUUAUCGUGCCUUCCAUGCUAUGUUGGCCAGGCUUUUAGAAGACCAGCAGGUGCAUUUUACUCCAGCUGAAGGGGAUUUCCAUCAAGCAAUACAUACCAUCCUGCUCCAAGUUGCUGCCUUUGCUUACCAGCUGGAGGAAUUAAUGAUGCUCUUGGAACACAAGAUCCCCCCCAACGAGGCUGAUGGGAUGCCCAUGAUUGGUGGAGAUGGUGGUCUCUUCGAGAAGAAGCUGUGGGGCCUAAAGGUGUUGCGAGAGCUUUCACAGUGGACAGUGAGAUCUAUCCAUGACCUUCGAGUCAUUUCUUCUCAUCAGACUGGGAUUCCAACACAUGGGAGCCAUUAUAUUGCUAAUGACAAGAAAAUAUAGCAAUUAUCCCCUCCUCUCUCUCCCUCCUUCCUUUUCUAAUGGAAUAUACACUGCCCUGAGGCCUCAGUUUCCCAUUCUUGUUUUGAAGGUUUGAAAGUUUUCUAACCUUUGAGACCGUAGGCAUUUUCAUCAAGUAGGGUUGGAGACAUGGACAGGUUUGAUGUGUGUGUGUGUGUGUGUGUGUUGGAGCCAUAAUGGGAUGGAGGCAAGGGCAACAUCCUUCCACCUUAGUGCUCUAACCUUUCUCCUACUAAGUUAACUUUACAAGGAUUUAACAGUCUCACAGGAUAAAUGUGUUUAAUUUUAGUCCUAGAUGACUUUUCUGGGAAGAUUAAAAAUUAAUAGUCCUGGACUCUAGCCAAUUCAAACUCCUGGAUAAUAAAAAUACUAACAUUUAUUAAGUACUAUAUUGUAGCAGUAUGCUGGGAGCUCUGUGUGUCUUAAAAUAUUUACAACAACCCUCUUGAGGGAGGUAGUGUUAUUCCCAUCUGGCAGAUGAGAAAACAAGUUCUAACUUGGUCAAAUUACCCAACUAGCAAAUGGCACACUUAAGUUCGAACCCAGGUAUUUCUUAGCCCAAAGUCUAUGUGCCCUUUACUCUAGAGGCCUGAUUAUGACCCUCUGUCACUGCACCUCUUUGCCGUAGAGAGUUGGAAAAUACAUUCAUGUAUUCUAUCCCUAGCACUGGAAAACAAUCCCCAUUAUAUGUCCUUAUAGGUCAGUGACACAGUUUUAGUGUUAAAGGCGGUAUUUGUUGCCCACGCUUGGCAAAGACGAGAGCAUUAGAGAUGUUAAAAUUCUGUUUGGGGAAAAGAGUAGGCCCACCAGACUUCUGAAAUUAGGAAACUGAAGAUGUGCUGUAAUACAGCCUGCUUUAUAAAGUGUUCCCAAAUGUUUUAGGGUUGGGCACAGCUCAGAGCAGCUUACCCCGCAUUUAUGGUGAUCAGCAGUACAGCGAUACAGGCCCUGUAAGCAAACAUUCACGGACAAUGGUUGGAAUAGUACUCAGGUUAAAAUGUCACAAAACUCCUUUACCACACAUUCUCUGGACUUAGUCAUGAGGAGAGGGUGAGGCCCACUCUGUUCCCAGUGGGAAUGCCAGCAAUUCUGAAACAAUAUAUAGCACAGCCUCCAUGUUUCACAACAGAGGGACAGGGCGCUGUGUUUAAUGUUCUUGAGAGAAACACUGUGAAAGACACCAGUGGGCAAAUGUGGGAAUUAAUGGAAAGGUCAUUUGUAGUCGGGUCUGUGGACUAGUGGUGCGGCAUAAAUCCAGAAGUUCCCAGGUGUAAUGGUAUUUCACACUACCAGUUAAACCCACCAUCUUGGAUGCAGGACCCAGAUUAAUUUAGUUUACUUAUUUGAAUCAGCUCCUGUGCUCUUAAGUGAAUCAGGAAUCAGAGAGGGCUGGCACCCAUAGGCUGCAUGAGAUGGGAUGGGGUGACCUAGCUUGUGUCUUUUUCCCACAAGGGUUCAUGGGGUCAGUGUUAAAAGGACUCUGGGUUGGGCACUGGCAAUACAAGGGACAUAAGGCCCUGCUAUGUUCUCUGCAUUUGUGGAAAUGAGCUUGUAUGCAUAGAAGACAUCAAUACUGGUUGAAAUUGGGAGGCACAGGUGUAAGUGUUAGGGAGUUAAAGAAAAUGAGCACAACAAGGACCCGAAAUCCCUUUCUGGAGGAGGGGGGAGUUCAGUUGUGUCUCAAAGGUUGGCUGAGUACCAAAUAGAAGAGAUGCGACAGAGACAAGAAAGAGUUGCCUGUUUAGAAGAAAGUGAGGCAGUUAAUAAACAUUCGGGUCCCACUGCCACUAGAAGUUUAUUGUUUGGUUUUAUUUCAUUUGUAAUUUUGGAGUAGAGAUAGACAUUUCCUUAGUAAAUGCAUAGAGGCUUAUUUCAUUCAAGCUUUUUCUUCCAACUGGUUCUGCUUCAAGAGCAAUAUUUCUCAUUGAUAAAGUACCUGUGAAACUCUUAGGUUUAAUUAAAUUAAUGUGAAACUCUUAGAUUUAUCUGUGAAAUAUUUUACACUCUUUAAUAGAUACAGAGGUGACUACAAAUUUUCAGUGGGGAAUAACUGAUUACAAAGUUGUUGAAUCUGAAAAGAGUGACCCCUUAUAUUUAGGAGAUGGGACAGCGCAGACGUCAGCAGAAGUUUCAGAAGUCAAUGGAACGUGGCUUGAGCUCUGAAUUACGUGUGAAGGAAUAUUUAUGUGUAAGAGGCACAUCUGAAGUGGCAGAGGGUCCAGAAAAGGUACCAGUACUAACUAUUGAAUGGGAGGAGAUAGGAACCUGUAGAAGUCUCUGUUAGGUCACAAGCAGCAAGUCACAGAGUGUACUCCCAGGCUCGUGCUGAGUUCCGUACCAGUUUCUUCCUCAAGAAAACUUGCAACAUGCCUCAAAAGAAGUAUGGAGAAAAUCCUUAGAAAAGUGUAGAUAAAAUAAAGGAAAAGUGAGCACUUACCUUUAAAAACAAAGUCAUAAAUGUGAAUGGAUCUGAGUGUGUAGACUGCAUCAUGCUUAUCUGAAAUGGAUAAGACAAUGAAAAAGGGACCAACAGUAGGUCCAUGUUCUAGGUGUGUGUCUUAAAUACAGAUAGGAAUAAGGGCAACACUGUGGAAGUGUGGUUUCUUUAAGGAUCCAGAAUCCAAGAGAAAUUUUUGGUCUUUAGAUUUUACUUUCCUUGUUCCUUAGAUCUAUAUAUGGAUUGGAUCUCUGGGGAAUCAUAUUUUUAUAUACAUGUAAACUGUAUUAUAUAAUACAUAACUAUAAAAUUUAUAUAUAAUGUAUAACAUGUAACUAUAUAGUGAUAUAUGUGUAUGUGUGUGUGUGUGUGUAGAUACAAAUAAAAGGCAUGAAUGUAGUUUCUAACCCCAACUCAUAUUUUGUAAAGACUAUUCCUUUUACCCCACAGCCUGUAGAAGUCAUCUGUGGAAGAGAGAUUUUGUUCUCCUGAAUCUGUUAAGGAAUUGCAUAUAUGAGAGAAGAUAAACUCUUUUUACAUUGAUUUAAGAAGGUGGUUUGGAAAAAACUUGCAAAUUGACACAAACGCACAAGCAAUCACCGAAUAAAAAUAGCUUUGAAAUAGCCAGGUUUGAGGGAAGUGAGAAUUUUAAUAAAGGCAUAGCCUUGGUAUUGCUGUCA